ACGGAAUAUCUAUUUUUGAUUUUAUGUAAGGAGCGCUCUCCCGCGAAAGUGAAUGUUUUAUAUAACUACAUCAAGUUUUUCCCGAGAAACAAUUACAAUUAAACCUAAAGAAGAACAAUAAUAAGCUUAAUAAAAAUCUCGUUUAAAAUAUAAUAAACAUUUAAUAUGUAACAAAAACAAAGCAACAUCAAAUUAGUUUGCCAGAAAAAUCAGCGAAAUUGUAUUUUCUUUGUUCGGGUUUUAGCAUCCUUUUUGGUGGUUAUGUGAAGAUUUUAUUGUUUGCUUAAAAUUCUGAUUUUUUUCAUUCAUACUUCCGGAAGAGUGAUCAUUAUUCUGGCCACGAUCGAAAACUUUGCCCGUUAGCAAAUCGGCCUUCAAGGUUCGAAAAGCGUUGAUGGAUACGCAUUGUGCACCUUUCUACAGUGAUUUAUAUACUUCCUUUACGCGUUUACGAUAGCAAAAAAAAUAGUUGGAAACCAAAGAUCAUUUUCUAACAGUUAAAUGAAUGCCAGGCACAAUCUACAGGGUGCCCUGGAUAGCAUGGACGUUAGAUUCGUGUUCCUCGUACUGGGAAUCGUCGGUUUGAUGGCGGCCGGCGUUAGUUCUAGAAUUGGAUCCUUUGCCAGGAUUGCACAGUUUUUCCUGGCUGCAGCAAUCAUACCUCUUCUCUACAGGUUUCAUCGCAAACUUUACAUCAUCAUCAGGACACUUCCGCGAGACAUCAAAUUUCUCUAUCGCUAUGUUAACGCUGACCUGGAAACAAGAGGUUUCGUUCGAAAUAACAGUACAGUCAUGAAACUCUUUAGGGAAAGGGCUCGUUUGUAUCCAAAUAAACCCUGCUUUAUUUUCGAAGGACGGAUUUGGACAAAUGCUGAUAUAGACAAAUACAGUAAUCAAAUAGCUUCAGUUUUCCAAAAAGCUGGUUAUUCAAAAGGUGAUGCAGUUGCGUUGAUGAUGCCUAACAGGCCAGAAUUCGUAGCUACGUGGCUAGGUUUGGGAAAAAUUGGUGUUAUUACAGCUUUGAUUAAUACCAAUUUACGUGCAAAUCCGUUAGUCCACUGCUUAAGUGUAGCAAAAGCGAAAGGCAUCAUCUACACCGAGGAAGUAUCAUCUGCUAUCGAUGAAAUUAGGGACACAAUAGUGCAUGUAGAGAAGUUCAAGCAGGGAUGUGGCUUAAGUAUCUCCACAGAUGGUGCCAAGAAUCUCGACCAACUUUUGUCAGAAGCUAGCACUCAACAGCCAAUUGUGGAUGAAGAACCUGGAUAUAGAGACAAAUUACUGUAUAUAUACACGAGUGGUACCACUGGGCUACCAAAAGCGGCUCUGAUACCAAACUCAAGGGUCUUGUUAGUAACAAUGGCAACGUACCAUAUGCUGGGAUUAAGAUCAAGCGAUAUUAUGUACAACUCUAUUCCAUUGUACCACCUGGCAGGAGGACUUGUUGGAACAUGUUGUGCAUUAGUUAAAGGAAUACCGAGUGUGCUGAGGACUAAAUUUUCUGUAUCUGCUUAUUGGACAGAUUGCAUUAAAUACAAUUGCACGCUUUCACAGUAUAUCGGUGAGAUGUGCAGAUAUUUACUCUCAGCCCCACCUCGACCUGAGGAUUCUGCUCAUUCAGUAAGACUCAUGGUUGGAAACGGAAUGAGACCCCAGAUUUGGCAAGACUUUGUCAAUCGUUUCAAAAUAGAACAAGUUACUGAAGUAUACGGCUCCAGUGAAGGAAACGCCAAUAUCGUAAAUGUAGAUAAUCAGGUUGGCGCAGUGGGAUUCGUACCCAAUAUUUUGCCCAGAAGCCUUCAUCCCGUAGCAAUUCUUCGAGUCAAUCCGGAAACCUUCGAACCAAUCAGAGGCACAGAUGGAUUUUGCAUACGAGCAGAGAUAAAUGAACCAGGGAUGUUUAUAGGAUUAAUAAAGCAGGGCAACGCCUCCAGGGAAUUCAAUGGAUAUUUAGAUGAGGAAGCGUCGAGAAGUAAAAUUAUUUCAAACGUUUUUGUCAAGGGAGACAAAGCUUUCUUGUCCGGUGAUAUCUUGGUGCAAGAUGAAUUUGGGUACUUCUACUUCAAAGACAGAACUGGUGACACGUUUAGGUGGAAAGGAGAAAACGUAGCAACUGCUGAAGUCGAAGGAGUCGUUAGUAAUGUUGCUGGACACAGGGACACAACUGUUUAUGGUGUUCAGGUGCCAGGACAGGAAGGAAGAGCCGGAAUGGCGGCGAUCGUCGAUCCGGAUUUCGACCUGGAUUUUAAAGCUCUUGCCGAGGGUCUGGAUAAGGCUCUGCCGUCUUAUGCAAGGCCCAUUUUCCUAAGAAUCGUCAAAGAACUCGAAAUGACAAGUACCUUCAAACUAAAGAAAAUCAACCUCCAAAAAGAAGGCUUCGAUCCCAACAAAAUUCAAGACAAAGUGUAUUUCCGGUCCGGUAACAAAGAAUACGUCGAAGUAACACCAGAACUUUACGAAAAAAUAAUAUCGGGUGCUGCCAGUUUAUAAAGCUCAAGGCUCUCAAACAAAGUGAAGCAUGGUUCGUCUAAAAAGCGAAAAGACAGCAGAGUAAGAAAAUCACGGUGACGCUGGUCGCUGUGUGAUAUUCUAUUUAAUUAACAUUUUCAUAUUGAGUACUACUUUACAGUCCCCAAGAAAUCUGGACUGGUUGUGGGAAAUAAUAAAUAAAGAAAAUCUGAAUUGUGGAUAUAAUAUAUCCGACUUUUUAUGAUAUGAUUGUAAGACUAACUGUGGUGCAAUGAGUCUUUAUAAAGAUUUUUUGCAAGUGAGCAUCGUAUGGACUAUUGAGGAAAAUUGACGUAGAUAAUCUUCUGUGCAAAUAUUAUCAAUUUCCGAACACUAUGCUUCUUCUUCGACCAAAAAAUGUAUAGAGUCGAAAUUGAUAGCAAAAUUGUCAAUCAGCUCUUGACGUUUUUCUAGAAUUUGUAGGGUGUACGUGUCCUGACGAAAUCCCAGUUCAAAAUACUUUUUCUUCCUUUUUUGAAAUUGUUUUUGAAUGUUCUACAAUCUACACACUCAAAGUCAUUCUUUCAUCUGCAUCAUUUUAAAUUAGGAACUUAAAAAAAAAUCACCAGGAAUGCUGUGCAUUCGUUGCAUUUCUUAUUUGAUAAAGGUUGUUAAAAAUAUCGAGCCUUAGGUUCGAAUUUGAAAUAAUUUCGAGACCUUAAAUUGAACCUCGGUUUAAAUAUAUAUUUUUGAAAGUCUCGUCAGCAAAGAGACGAGCGUAUGAUCGAUUAUUCACACAAUUUUCAAUUUAUAAUAUUGUUCAACAGCAAAGUAUUUAGCUCCUCAUUUAUAGUGGGAAUUUUCCAUGUAUAGAUUUUUAAGAAAAACCUACAAAAAGCUGGCUUUACAAAGCCAGUGAAGUUUUUAACACUCUUUUGUGAUACCUUUCAAUUUACAUCGCAUUCGCUAAGAGCGCACUCAUUGUAUCGAUACUGAAUUUUCUGCGAAGAAUCUCCUUUUUUGGAAUAUAAAUUUUCGCAGGGUACUUAUGAGAUGAACUGGAUUGCAUGUAAUAAUGAAAUCAUCCCUCGACCCUUAUAUUAGAAAGAUUAAAUUAUAUACAUUCGGAUGUUGAUGUGAACACUUAUGAUUGUGUGUGAAAUACGAGGGAAAAUAGUUACUAUUGGCCUUUUUGGUGCUGCUAAUUCGGCCUUUUAUACCUAAUAUCCGUAUAAGUCUAGAGUCCUUUGGAAAUUGGAAGAGUCUUAUAUUAGCUAUAUUUCUAAUAAUUUACUCACAAACACGAGAGAUGUAGAAUUGCUCAAACUCACGGAAUCUAUUGGAAAAUAAUUGAAAUUUUAUCAAAUUGAUAACUAUUGAUGUGCAGCGGUCCUAAUUUAAAAUAUUAGAAUGUUUUAAAGUAAUAGUUCUGAAGGCAAAGAAUUGUUAAGUUAAGCCACUGCUCAAAAUGGUAAUAAUUUAUAUAAGCAUCUUUCCUGGACCAAAGGCGUAAUAAAAAAUAUUAUGUUUAGAUUCUGGAAAAAUUGAAGCGAAAAUGGAAAAGAAAGCAUGACUCGAAUAAUUUGUUAUUCCGUUAACUAGAAUGGGCGACUUGAACUUUGAAACUCAGCGAGAAAAUAAUAACCAAGAAAUGAAGAAAAAAUAAUAUCAAUGGUGCUACGUUUUUCAAUUAAAAUUGAAAAUUGGUUCGCUGAGGAGUCGCAGACCUUCGAACCAUAUUUGUUAAUAUUGGAAAGUAACAAUGUCGUGUCGUGUGCCUUGUUAUGAACAACCAAACAUUUCGAAUUUGGUUGCUGAUAACAUAUGAGAGUAUCAAAUCUCGUCCUUACAAUUUUUAAGUAAGCAAAAAACGAAAAAGAAAGUCAACUGUGGGCGGGCAAGUAUGCUGAAAUCACCAUUAGCAAAAUAGGAAGAUACGUGUGCGUUUGAAUCAAGAAUGUAUGUUGUGAAUGAUCUGUUGAACAUUUUGUUGGAUGUAAAUAAAGACAGUUUGAACACUUAAUAAAUGGAAUUGAUUUCAAUAAA